AUGGCGGACUCCAUGCCCAUUCCGCUGCCUCCUCGAACUCCUACACCUCCCCCAGACGAACCGACAUCUCUUCAGAGCCUGCCCAUCCUCGAGCCAGAUACUCCCCUUGACUCCAAUUCCCUGUCACCCCUUCACAUCGAACAGCGCGAGCAGAUGGCAUCGUCGUACUUCUCCCCAACCACCCCCGACCGACCAGGUCCCAAUGCGAACGGCGCAGGGCCCUUCAACUUCCAGCCAGCAACGUUAGCAAAGUCGCCUGUGAUAAAAUCUAACAUCGGCCAGAGACGCGGCCACAAAUACAAGCACAGCAGUGUUUCGCACCAGAUCUUCCUCGAACCUCCUCCUCGGGCGCCGCUGGCCCUCCCGAAUUCGCUCCCGAUUCCUACAUUCGCCGAGUGCAGGGCAAGCAUGACUAAAGACCAGAACAUUCGUUUCUACUGGAGUAUUUGCCAUAUGGCCGUUGCAGGUUACGCGGCAUGGAAUGCCCACGGGUCGGCCGCCAUGGAAGCACUGUCGCAUCUGAUAUUCUACGACUCUCUUGGGGCGCUAUUAUGCGUUUUCGUCGAAGUUCUCUCAAACUUUGAGGUCUGGGGACGGUCAAGUCUGAGACACCCUUUUGGCUUGCAACGUAUGGAGGUUGUCGCUGGUUUUGCUCUCUCUGUGUUGUUGAUCUUCUUCGGGUUCGAUCUGAUCUCCCACAAUGCGAAGCACGCCCUGGAAGGCAUUGGACAUGAACCACACCAUCCGCACAGUCACGAGCGCGUGUCCCCAGGCACAGUUGACCUGACAGUCAUACUUGCUUUGGUUUCUACAUUGAUCUCAGCCGUCGGCCUGCAGAAUCAUGCGAGGAUCGGCAAGGCCAUGCGAUUUGCGGCCAUGGAGAACCUACCCUCUCUCCUGAGCAAUCCGUCGCAUUUUCUGACGCUAUCUUGUUCGGCCACGAUACUCCUGCUUCCGCUCCUGUCGUUACACACCUACGAGUGGGUGGAUAAGGUCCUCUCCAUGAGCAUUGCAUUGAGUAUGCUCUUCCUAGGGGUGCAUCUGGGACGCAAUGUGGGCGCCAUGCUUCUCAUGUCUCUGCCCUCAAAGUCGGAGAGUGUUGCGCAAGUCGUCAAAGCCAUCGAAGCUGAACCCUCGGUGCGCAGUGUGGAUCAGGCCAAGUUCUGGCAAGCUCAUUAUGGCAUGGGCAUGGCGAACUUGCGACUUCGCGUCGUCGGCCCGGAGGAGCAGUUGGUGAAGCUUAGAGAGAGGAUCGCCAGCAUGAUCCGUAACCAUUUGAGCGGUGGAUACGGGCAAGGGAGCACCGGACAGAAAUGGGAGGUCAGUAUACAAUUCAAGGUGGAGAUAGAGAGCGCCUUCUCAGCGAGCCACAACCAUCUGGUCUCUGGACCAGGCUGGACGACGAGCUGA